UAACUACAGAAAUAAAAACAGAACGUAAAUAUGUGAUUGCCCUGUGUUUCUAGAAUUAGAAGAACGUUGGAUAUGAAAGUGUCAAUUCAAAAAAGUGUUGCAGCUUGAGGUCCCAAGUUCAUUAUCUAAAUGAAUUUUAACUUGAACUUAUUUUAUGCAAACAUUGAAAGCUUAAGAUGACAUGUUUUGUAGCAAUUCUGAUUUGGAUUUCAUACAUUUUUGGUUCGUUUUUUUGUGAAGCAGCGUCAUGUUUCCAGCUUAUCGGCGGAGCACAACACAACGAAGGGUUCUUGCAGAUUAAUGUGACCAACGCUUGGAAAUACGUUUGCUUGAACGACGAUUUAAAUGAUAAAGACAUUCGUCGUGAAAUAUGCUAUCCUAUUCGCAGCCAAACUAAGGCUGUGGCCAAAAUAAAGGAGCCAUUGCUUUAUGAGAACAAACCAGGUGAAGGGAACAUAACAAUAAACAACCUUAGUUGCCAAACCACAAUGGAAGAAACUGACUCUUGUCCAAAAUUUAUAAUCUGCUGCCAAGACGAACCGAUGAGCAAACAACUAAGUCUUUGCAGCUCAAAUUGGCUUGAGACAAAAUACUGCUACACUGGCAAAGUUGUCGGGAUUCAUUGUUUCCUUAAAUACAAUGAUAAUCAGAACGUCUCAAGAGCUUGGACCAGUUCAGCAUUUAAAGAUUUGUGCAAGACCAACACAAGUUAUUCCGUUACUACGGCAAACAAGUUGAACAUGUGCUUGCGGACUAUUCAUACCCAGCCAGACACUACGUACGCAUUGAUAGAGGGCGAUAACUGCGAAUGGACAAAAGAAAUAACAUGUGAUGAAAAAGCGCGAACAUUCCAGUUAGUCGAGAAUAAUAACGCGAGUAUGGAUAAUCUACAUUGUGUUACAGUGGAAGUACAGAAUGGGACCAGUAACUUCUCAAUAGCUCACUGUUCCUCGUAUCUACCUGCAGUUUGUUUGGAGGUUGAGCAAGAGAUAGAUAUGGAAAACAAAAAAUGUUCAACCCUGGAAACAACAACAAAUUCAACAAAGAACAUCAGGAGCUUGACCACACCUUCAUCGAAUGAAAAAGAAAGUGUUUGGUCACAAUACGUUAUUUUAGCUAGUGUACCAUUGGUCUUCUUGAUUUUUAUCCUUGUGUUGAUAGCGUGCUAUCAUAUCAGGAAGUCUAGAAAAAGAUUGAUUGAACGUCAACGACCGAGUUCCGUCCAAAAUCACACCUAUGGUCGUGGAGAGAUUGUUGAAGAAAGUACAGAGGAAACGUACAAUAUAAUUAAUGACUGUGAGCUCAAAGACUUUAAACCAGAACUACCGGCCAGAGGUCAAAACAAUCAGAUAUUAGUACUUGAUGAUUAUAGCAUGCCUCCUGACUCAAUCCCGCAGAAGACGGAAACCGAUGAGUAUUUUGUUACAAAUGAUGAUCUCAUUCGAUCCUUGGCAGCAUAAUGAAGCUGACCAAAAUCGGCGAUAUGAUAUCAACCACUUUAGCGAAACAAGAGUCGAAUCUUUUAAAAAGUAAAUUUACAGAUGAUAAAGGUAUGUGCUCUUCUACUUACACGGAUAAAUCUAGCCUGGCUUGAAACGAAGAACAUAAGGAUUUGAUAGUGUUCAGUCUUUAGAGACACUUUAAUCAAACAGAACAGCGCGAUUGAAUCAGUUUAGUUUUGAGAUGAAAUAGACAUUCAUAUAAAUCAAAAGAGGGUAGCAUUGUAAAUUCUGAAUUCUUAAAGAGGAAAAUCGUGUCAGAAUCAAGCAUUUCUAAUCUUGCGGACAACAAUGCUGUGCUAAUCGGACCAAGCAAAAGCUGCAAACGUGACGAGAUAUCCCCAGAAAAUAUCGCCGCGGAACAAACUAAAACUAGCGGUUCUUUCGAAGGAAUUGCAUUACAAAACAAAUACGUACGACGACUGCAUAUCUAAACGUCCGGGAAAAAUACAAAAGCGGACUGAAGAAAGUGACGUUACGAAGAUACUUUGAAUAUAAAUCCUGAACCGUUGUGCACAGGUUAGAAACCUAAAGAGCAUAUAUUUGUUAAUCACGUAUGUAUAGACUGUCUGACUCCAGACCAUUUAAGGAAACUUGGAAUCAGAUUUAUUCCAGAUGAAAGUGCAUAUACCUUAUAAAACUUCUUAAAUAUUCCGAAGAGGUUCUCGGGCUCGGCCCUUGAGCUCUAUAUUAAUACCGCAGAUCUUAAAAAAUCUCAAUGGUCUAGAUUUUCUUCAAAGUCAAGCGGUAUGACAACAAAACCUUAGGAAGAGCUGCUCUAAAGACGAACUCGAAAGAAAUCACGACAGGCAGCGAGCGAACGGAGAAAGUGCCUAUUUAAAAUGUCCGCGAAAAUGUUCUCUAUGUCACGCGGAAUCUUAUGACAUAAUAAUUGCAUUUCCAAACAACAACGACACUAGUCAUUCUAAAAAAUGUUUAUCAUAGGUUAGCGGAUGUGAGGAAAUGGACACCAAAACAUGUUAAUUGUAAACAUGGACGACACAAACCGACGUAGUUCUUAAUUUCGGCAACAAAUGUGUUCUGCGAAACGACGGAAUCCCAGCGUUAUCAUUAGACGUUUUUUAAAAUCUUUAAGGAAAAAUGACUUUUUAUGGUUUGCUUACAUGUAGCAUCCGUAGGAAUGGCUAUAUUCUGGCAGGUAAUACAUUAAUAAUAUCUAAGUACGUUGGGUAAUGAGCCGUGAUGAACAGUACGUAUACAUAAAGAACUAGAUAAUAAAUAUCCUCGACAAAUCAAUCUCUUACUUGUUUGACUAUUGAUUUAUUUUAUUUUCAUUGAAAUGUCUUACAGUGCAACAACAUUGCAGCAUCAGCGAUAAGAAGAAGCUACUAGCCAACAUACGUACAUUUCAUUUCUCAAUUUACUUCUCGCACCUUUUAAGUACAUAACGCUGAUUCUUUCACACACUCCACUCUUUUCAA